AUGUCUGAUGAUUUUAUAUUUAUUGAAGAAGAAUAAUAACAAUACUACUAAAAUAAUCCAUUCUACAUGAUUGCUUUAUAAGUAGAAAGCUCAAGAGUGAAGAUGUUUGAGGUUGUAGAAAUUCCUCAUCUAUGCUUAGAAAUGCAUUCUUGCUUCUUUUCUUAAGAUAUGCAAUGCAUUAAGAAAGCUCAUUAAUAUAUGAAGUAGGGUAUAUCUUCUUCCUACUAUAAUGAAAUCAAGAAAACUUUAUAAAAACAAUUAGGAAUCUUAAUAAAAUAAUAAUAAAUAUUUACAGAAACAUUUAAAUAAUACAAAGAAGAUAUUAAUUUCUAAAAUGACUAGUUUUCUCAAAAUAUAGUUAAUUCACUUACUCAUUACUUCUCAAACCCCACUCAUUAAAAAUACUCGAACGAAUCACCUUCUCUUAAAAUCCAAUUAAUAUCUGAUAUGAAUUUAAGUAACGAGUCUGAUACUGCUAGUAAUGAUUCUAAUUCAUAAGAUUAAAAAUCUCCUAGUGCUUCCAUAAAAAUAAAAUGA